GGGGCAAUCAACUCUAUGUUCGCUUGGUACAAGAGCUCCAACAAGUGCUAUGCUUACCUUGCCGAUGUGGAUGGGCCAAACGAUUUCGGACGUAGUAAACGGGUUUCCCGGGCAUGGACUCUGCAGGAACUCCUUGCACCAAGUGGCAUGGAAUUUUUUUCUAAGGAUUGAAAGAAGCUCAGUGACAAAUCUGGGUUGAGCGACAGCAUCGCAGAGGUCGCUGGCAUCGCGAAAGAGUACCUUCAGGGCAAAAACAUACUUUUCGCUAGUAUCAAUAUGCGCAUAUCCUGGGCAGCCAAACGACAGGCGACAAGAGCGGAAGAUAUUGCGUACAGUCUGCUUGGUCUGUUCGAUGUCAACAUGCUUUUGCUUUACAGCGAGGGCAAGCUGAAGGCUUUCCGGAGUUUGCAAGAAGAAAUCAUGAAGAUCUUUAAGGAUGAAACAUUGUUUGCGUGGGAAGGUUCCGGCCUCGAAGCAGACUCGGCCGAUGUUCUGGCAAGUGAUCCGAAGGAUUUUAUCGAGGCGAAGCAUUUGCUUCCAUACACUUCCGAAAAUCCUACGGCACCUUACUAUAUGACCCACAGAGGUCUUCGCAUUUGGCUCAGAUCGUUCAAGCUCAACGAAGUCCCCACAGACUCCAAGAACAAUUCGCGAGAGGGGCUCCGCCCAAUUCGAUCUCCUGUCAUAAUCUGGUCAGACAAUGAGGAUCCAAUAUGGGCAAUUCUGAAAUGCUAUGUCGAACACGACUACCAUCACAACGUAGCCAUACCUCUCCGACAUGAGACAGCUGAUAUGUACGUUCGCGACACAAGUACCAGUGUUGCGUUCGUACCAACCAUAUCCUCGCCCUUCUACACGCCCGAGAACGAGAUCUACAUACACAACACCCGAGUCGCGCCUAUCUCAAAUAACACUCGAAGCCGGUUCGGCUUCCUCUUUCGAAAGAUCCCAAAGAACGUCGGAAUUGCUGGCACUUCGUAUCCACCUGAAGCGUGGAAUCCUGAAGAUCGGAUACUAAAGGGAACCCAAAUCUCUUUAUGGCAACGAUUCUGUAAUGAAAGUAUUACAUAACUUCUGCCAGCUCCUGCUGGGUUCCCCACCAAGCAGUGUGCAGUCCGUCUCAGUCUCGGUUACAAGCAUGGUCCGGCUUCGAAAAUGCUGCAGCCCUGGUGCUACCCUGAUGACGAGUUGCUGCCGCCAAAAGC